UGUUCUGUCAGUGUCAGGGCAACAGAACAUUUUGGAUGUAUUGUAUUUUGGGGUUAAUCACCUGUGCAUUAAACAGGACUUUUAGAUUAUAAUGUAUUAGGUGGGGGACAGGUUAAACUCGUUAAACGUUUUUUUUUUUCCCCCCCAAUUAUGACAAUGUAGUUUUGGUUCAAUUCAAGCAGUUUCUUGCACUGCAGAUUCUAAAUUAUGAGACAGUCACCAAUCUUGUGACAGGUACCGCGAAUUAUAACGACCAUGCCUGGUAUUUAGGCAGCUGUAAUAAAUAGAAACGUGAAGUGGGUACAGUUGUGUUUAAGAAUAAGGAAAUGGCACAAGUCAACAGGCAGAAAUAAAACCGGUCCACCAACAAAGUACCGGACGAGGAAAAAAAACCAAAAUCACUUUUUUAAAUCUGGGCAGGAAAAUUAGUACGACAUCUGUAAAACUUACCAUACUACUUAGCGUAUUUCCAUUUUGCCAUCUGGACCGUGCAUACGGAGUCUCGUCACACAUGGUUUACUGGAGUGCAGUGGAUACAAGCCACUUAUUUAUUGUUCUGUACAGAUCUAGAUGUCUCGAGUCAUGUGCCUGGCUAAAUAAGAAACUCAGACUAGUUCUCGAUCGAGAUAUUGGGAUCAGACUCCAGUGGCCGUGGAAUACAACAUUCUUGUCAGCUGGUGGAGUGACUCGCAGACAGAAUCUCCGACUCUCUUCCCCACUUGACCGGGAGGCUGUGGAAAGAAACAAGCGACCAUCCGAGGUGACAGGCUGCAGCUACCAGAUACAUCAACUAGGAGGAGGGUCGGGAGAGCUCGAGUUAUGGAUCAGCUAAAAGUGAAGGACCGAAUCCUGGAGAACAUAUCUCUGUCUGUUAAGAAGCUGCAGAGUUACUUUGCUGCCUGUGAGGAUGAGACCCCAGCCAUCCGGAACCAUGACCGAGUGCUACAGCGACUGUGUGAGCACCUGGACCACGCACUGCUCUAUGGGUUGCAGGAUAUCUCCUCCGGGUAUUGGGUUCUUGUCCUCCACUUCACCCGGAGAGAAGCCAUCAAGCAGAUUGAGGAACUACAGCACAUUGCCACCAACAUGGGCCGCAGCCGGGCUUGGCUCUAUCUGGCUCUGAGUGAGAGCUCCCUGGAGAGUUACCUGCGGCUCUUUCAAGAGAAUCGAACUCUGCUGCACAAGUACUACUUCAAGAACGCGCUGGUCUGCAGCGAUGACCACCUGACCCUCUUCCUCACACUGGUAUCUGGACUGGAGUUCAUCCGCUUCAACCUGGACCUGGACGUCCCAUACCUGGAUCUGGCCCCCUACAUGCCCGAUUACUACAAGCCCCAAAACCUGCUGGAUUUCGAGGAACGCCUCCCGAGCUCAGACAGCCUGUCCCUCAACUCCUUCAACUCCAUUACCUCCACCAACCUGGAAUGGGAUGACAGCGCCAUUGCCCCCUCCAGCGAGGAUUAUGAUUUCGGAGACAUGUUCCCUGCGCCGCAGUCAAUACCCAGUGUAAACUGGGAAGAAGGGGACCUCACAGACUCUGUCAGCUGCCCUCGCUCUGCAGCCUGUGAGCCUCCCCUCUUGGAGGUGGCUGUGAGGAGCCCCACACUGCGCUACAACCCAUUCAACGAGGAGUCGGACACGGCCACUUCCACAGAGGUGACUCCCGUGCACCACAACUCCCGGGACAGGAGCGACACAGCUGAGGACGACACAGAGAGCACUGGCACAGAGUUAGAGGUCAUCAGGCUAGCCAGGAGGAGGAAGCCGUGUAAGAAGAAGCGAGGGAAGGUGGAGCCGGUGAGCAAUCAUAUGAGCAGCUCUGGUCUGGAGAGCAGGGGGCAGGAGGAGCUAUCAGAGCGGGAAUCAGGGGACACGCAGGAGCCCCUGGCGGAGAGGGGGGGCCCAGAGGACUCUCUGGCCCUGCCAGAGGAGGACGUAGAAGAUGAGGGGCUGCGUCUACCAGAGAUGACCGACACCUCGAUGGACAGCGUGGGUCAGCCACUGCGUGAGGUGAUGGACCAGCUCAACGGAGCUCUGGACACUGACCGCUGGAGGACAGAGGAGUCCGACGGCCAACAGCCCUUUCGGGAGAGCUCAGGGGGAGAGCCCCCGGACCCCCCUCUACUCCCCCUGGACCAGGGCCUCCUCAAGACCCCCCCUCCCAACAACUUCUACCGCUUUACCCCUGAAAGUCCAGGCCCUGCUUCCCCAGGUGGUGGCCACUAUGACCCUGCAGGGGAUGGCCAGCCGCCGCAUGUUCUUGGUGGCCAUGAAGGUGAGGGAGCGGGAGAAGUGCAAACAGGAGAGGCCGGAGAGGCAGCCAGACCCCUAGAAGAGCGGCAAGUAGAUGAAGGUAAAGAGAAGGUUCAUAAUGGAGCCCACCUCGACACCGACAACAGCAUUCCAGACUCCCCAAAGCCCAUCCCUGGCCAGGGACCUCCAAAACAUCGUGUGAUUGAGGAAGACGAGCCCAGUAGCCCAUCAGAGGUCAUGCAUCCAGCUGAGUUUAGGGUGGAUAACAAUCACCUCCUGCUGCUAAUGAUCCAUGUUUUUCGGGAAAACGAAGAGCAGCUUUUCAAGAUGAUCAGGAUGAGUACAGGACACAUGGAAGGGAACAUGCAGCUGCUCUACCUGUUGCUUACAGACUGUUACAUCUACCUGCUAAGAAAAGGAGCUGCAGAGAAACCCUACACUGUGGAGGAGGCUGUUUCCUACAAUGAGCUUGACUACAUUUCAGUAGGUAUGGACCAGCAGACAGUCACCCUGGUCUGUACGAACCGACGGAGGCAAUUUCUGCUCGAUACAGCCGACGAGUCCCUGACGGAGUGGUUCCUGGCUACUCUCAAGUCAGCUAUGAUUAAUGGGUACCGGGAGCCCCCCUACCCCUCCAUUCUCACCGACGCCACCAUGGAGAAACUGGCGCUCACCAAGUUCGUGGCACAGGAGUCUCAGUGUGAGGCGACUGAGGUUUCUGUCCAGCUCUAUGCCCUUGUUCACUGGGAGGACCCCAUGGAUGUGACUGUAGGACACCAGGGUGGCCCCUACAUGCCUGGUGAGAAUACCCACACUAAGGAGGGGGUGCUGCACUACAAAGCCGGGACCUCCUAUCUGGGAAAGGAGAACUGGAAGAGCUGCUACCUGGUACUGAGCAAUGGGAUUCUGUACCAGUACCCAGAGCGGACUGAUGUGACUCCUCUGCUGUCUGUUAGCAUGGGCGGAGAGCAGUGUGGGGGCUGCCGGCGGUCCAACACCACUGACCGGCCACACUCCUUCCAGGUGAUCCUGAGUGAGCGGCCUGCCUUGGAGCUCAGCGCAGACAACGAGGAGGAUAUGGCUGACUGGAUGCAGUACCUGUGUCAGGCCGUGUCCAAGGGGGUUAUCCCUCAGGGUACAGUGCCCAUCCCUUGUAUCCCAUGCUGCCUUGUGCUGACAGACAGGAAGUUGUUCACCUGCCAUGAAGAUUGCCAGACCAGUUUCUUUCGCUCUCUGGGUGGCAGUGAGCUGAUUGACGUGACAGCUGUUUGUACCGAAACAGGCAAAGAGUACUGUAUAAUUGAGUUUGCAGAGGACCGGAAGCAGUACCUGCCCCCCUGGGUUCUGUAUUUCAGCUGCCUGGCUGAGCUUCACAGAUUCCUCACCAUGUUUGAAGCUGCCUGGCAGAACAUCUUUCAGGUGGCGCUAACGCGGCGGCAAGUGGUGGAGCCGUCGGUUCAGAAGAAGUGCCGGGACGCGCUGUGUCUCAUUAGAAGCGCGUGGCAGCGCAGUGACAGCCUGCAGCGUGGCCGGUCAGAGAGAGACCCCUGGUGCUGAGAAAGGGGAUAACCAGAGGACUCGCCACUAACCAGGGGCAGGGGCAGGAGGCAGGGGAAGGGGGGGGCCAUGUGGCUUCAGAACUUCUCUAGUAACCCCCCCCCCUCCGCCAACCUUCAGACUAGCAGAUCCUUGUGGAAAUCCAGUAAAAUAGAACCUUUUUCAUCUUCACAGAAUAGGGCAUGGCACACACUGUGCCCAUAGAUUCUGGUAAGGGAGUGGGAAGGCUGUGCCUUGAGUUUGUGGGACUUUGAUUAUAACUGGGGAACCAGCAUACAAAAACAACUAUUCCAAUAGGAUCGUAGCACACUUGCCCCAUAGAAUAGAAAAAGGCUAAACUGGAGCUGGACACUAUCAUCGGUGAAGCUGAGGAUCAUCUGAAACAGGAGGACCACAGUGAUGGCUGCAUCAGUAUCCAGCAGCAUUUUGCACAGGAAGCUGCUCAAGCAUAGCCAGCAGGAAUUGGCUUCUAGUAUAUAAAUAGGACAGGAGGGUAAUAUACAAGUGAGAGAUAUGACUCACAAAUGAUAACUAUUUGGUCACUAUUUUCUUUUAAUUGAUUCUAUUUAAACUAGAACUAUUUAAUGGUGUUGGGACCCUAUUUGAAAAAAAGGAAUGCCUGUUAUUUAAAUGGAAAAUCAGAUAAGACGUGACCUGCUAUAAACCAAUAUUAGUUUUCAUUACACACACAGAAGGGCAGUAAUAGGAGAUCUGAACGUGUAACGGUACUGUCGCUGAUUGUUCCCUGCCAGACAGCCAGUUUGAUUUUGAAGUCACACAUCUGUUGUGACAUCGUGAUGUUUGUUUAGCGAUCGAUGCGUUGGCGAGGUACAAACCGGUUGUAAUAAUAGAGGAUACAUGGAAAUCCAGAGAGAAAUGCGUUACAAAAUAUAAGUGACGGAAGCUAAAUCCGCUUUCCUAUUCACUGUGAGGGGUUGUGUAUUCCUGGUAACACUACAGCGAGUAGGGGGGAUUCACCGGGAGAAACUUAGGAACUGGAAUGGAAUAAUGAUCAUGUCUGAGGAGCUUUUACACUCCUGCAUUGUUCUUUUGUUUUAAACUAUAUGUUUUGCAAAACACUUCAAGACGCAGUCCCCCACAAUCAUGUUCAAUUUUGCACUAACUGUAGUUUAUCCUUCUGUGCAUCAGAAAAUAUACAGUCCAGUUACUGUACAUUCUUCUGAAACCCGUUUGCAAGCAGUACAUUGUACAUUGGUAUAGCGCAGGAAGCUAAAUAAUGUUUGAAAUGUAGCCCUUGUUUACCAUACAGACGCUAUGGACACAUUAAUUAGUAAAGAUACUAACAAUGUGGGAUACAAGGGGUUGAUGUUGAUGUAUAUGUAUCUAUAUAACACUCAAUGUCUGACAACCAGUUCCUUAAAAAAAAUACAUUUCAAUUGUUGCCACAAACUGCACAGGACCUUUUUUUUUUUUUUUUUUUAAAUAAACUACAGAAAAGAGUACUUCAUCUUGAAGUAUGGUUGUUUGCACUGUGUGUUAAUCCCACCUGCCUGACUAGUUUUAUUUUUUUUAUUAUUUUAAUUGAGACUUUUUGUACAACCAGUUCCACUUCACAUUUUAUUUAUUUUUUUCAUAAUUUUUUGGUAAAAAAUGUUUAUUCUGGAAACUUCUUUUCAGUGGGAGUAACUAUUAGCUACAUUUAUACAAUUAGGACCUUCAAGUUAAGGUAUCCAUAUAAGGGGUUAGUUGUACUAGUCUUUGAAUACACUGUGGGCAUCUGGUUAUAAUGGACUGAAAAGACCAGUUCACCCUUGACUAUUUUACUCAGCACUUUUGUAUAAGAGAAGGCAGAAUUACUGAUGGGGCGGGGGGCUGGAUUCCAGCGAAGGGUACGAGAUGCAAACUGGUAUAAUACAGGGAUAGAAAUAAGACUCCCAUUGCACAGCAGUUUGAACCAUUCCUGGUUUUACUGGGAGUUUAAUGAGACACACCUGAGCUCUUUACCUAUACACUGAGGUUGAUCAAGCUUGUAGUAAAACCUGGAAUGGGUAAAACGGCUAUGCGAUAGGAGUCUUAAUUCCAUUCCCGCAUUAUUAUUUUGACACCCUAUUAUCGUUGCACGCGGGUCAAAAUAGACAAUUGUAAUAUUAUCUUAACCCUGACCUUUUUGUCAGGUCGAGGAUGAUAUUUACCUGCCUGCGCAUGCCAUAUUAAUACAUAUUUAAUUAUCCAACAUAUUAACCAUAAACAGCAUCUUGCUUUCAUUUUGGACGGUGCAAUCAAACAUUGUAGCCUGGGUUUAAAGUAAUGUAAGAUAUUGAUAGAAUAGGUAUACAGGAGCUGUGUCUGUUAGUGUUGCUAUGAGGAAGGUACUGUACUGUCUGUUCAGGUACAGGGUACAUCAUGUGUACUUAUUCUAUCAGAUGAUAAUUAAUAACACUAUUCGUGCAUGUGUACUUUUAUUACAGUUUAUUAAUUAUAGCCCAUUUUCUAACUGAGGUGUACAGCAACUCAUGAAUGUAUAAUACUGUAAUCUCAGUAACACUUUCAUUUCUGCAUGGUUGAAAGUUAUUGUUUUGUAUUAUUAUAUACUACUGUAUAUUGUUGAAUGUAUAUAUUAAGAGCUGUUGUAAAUAAAUUGCAGUAAAUAAAAUAGAA